AUGGAUCCUUCACAGAGGAAUCUCUACAAAGAUGUGAUGGUGGAGACCUAUAUGAACCUCACAGCUAUAGGUUACAAUUGGGAAGACCUUGAAGUUGAAGAACACUGUCAAAGUUCUCUAAAACUUAGAAGGCAUGAAAGACCUCAUACUACAGAGAAAUCCUAUGAAUAUAUUCGGUGUGGUAAAGCCCUUGUAUGUCAUAGUCAUCCUCAAAAAAAUGAAGAAACACAUACUGGAGAGAAAUCCUAUGAAUAUAAUCAAUGUAGUAAAAACUUUUCACAACACAGUCAUCUUCAAAGGCAUGAAACUACACAUAUGGUUAAAAAACCUUAUAGAUGUAAUCAAUGUGGCAAAACCUUUGCUCAGUGGAAAGUUCUUCAGUUGAAUAGAAGAACACAUACAGGUGAGAAACAUGAAUAUAUGAAUUAUGCAUAUAAUAGAUGUGGUAAAGCCUUUGCACAGCCCAGUAAUCAUCAAGGACAUAAAAGAACACAUAAUGGAGAGAAACUCUAUGAAAGUAAUCAGUGUGAUAAAGCCUUUGCUCGACACAUUGCUCUUCAAUUGCAUGAAAGAACACAUACUGGAGAGAAACACUAUGAAUGUAAAGAAUGUAGUAAAGCCUUUGAACAGCUCAGUCAUCUUCAAGAACAUAAAAGAGCACAUACUGGAGAGAAACCCUAUGAAUGUAAUCAGUGUGGUAAAGCCUUUGCUCAUAACAGUGCCCUUCAAUUGCAUGAAAGAACACAUACUAGAGAGAAACCCUAUAAAUGUAAUCAGUGUGGCAGAACUUUUGCUCAACACAUUACUCUUCAAAGGCAUGAAAGAACACAUACUGGAGAGAAACCCUAUGAAUGUAUUAGGUGCAGUAAAGCCUUUACAUGGCACAGUGAUCUUCAAGUACAUAAAAGAACACAUACCGGAGAGAAACCCUAUGAAUGUAUUCAGUGCGGUAAAGCCUUUUUACGGCCCAGUCAUCUUCAAGUACAUAAAAGAACACAUACUGGAGAGAAACCCUAUGAAUGUAAUCAGUGUGGUAAAGCCUUUGCACAGGACAGUCAUCUUCAUGGACAUAAAAGAACACAUACUGGAGAGAAACCCUAUGAAUGUAUUCAGUGUGGUAAAGCCUUUGUAUGGCCCAGUCAUCUUAAAGUACAUAAAAGAACACAUACUGGAGAGAAACCCUAUCAAUGUAAUCGAUGUGGUAAAGCCUUUUCACAGCUCAUUCAUCUUCAUAGACAUAAAAGAACACAUACUGGAGAGAAACCCUAUGAAUGCAAUCAAUGUGGUAAAGCCUUUGCACAGCACAGUCAUCUUCAUAGACAUAAAAGAACACAUACUGAAGAAAAACCCUAUGAAUGUAAUCAGUGUUGUAAAGCCUUUGCUUAUCACUCUCAUCUUCAAAGACAUGAAAGAACACAUACAGGAGAAAAACCCUAUGAAUGUAAUCAAUUGUUGUAAAGCCUUUGCUCACAACUCUCAUCUUCAAAGGCAUGAAAGAACACAUACUGGAGUGAAACCAUACAACUGUAAUCAGUGUGGUAAAGCCUUUUCUCAUCUAAGUGCUCUUCAAUUUCAUGAAAGAAAAUAUGAUUGAGAAAAUCCCUAUGAAUGUAAACAGUGUGGUAAAGCCUUUGACAGCCCAGCCAUCUUUAUGUACAUUAAGGAACAUAUACUGGAGAGUAACCCAAUGGAUAUAAUCAAUGUGUUAAAACCUACUCACAACACAGAGCAACCCUAUAACUGUAAAUCUUUUAGUGUGUAAUUUGUCCCUUCUGUGAAUAUCACUCUGUAUAAAUAAAAUGCUGAUUCGCCAGUAGCCAGGAAAGAAGUAUAGGUGGAACAAGGCAAGAAGAGAAUUCUGGGAAGUGGAGGCUGAGGCAGAGAGGCAGUAUCAGCUGCCAUGAGGAGAAGCAACAUGUUAAGAUAAGGGUAAGUCACAGCCAUGAGGCAAUUUAUAGAUUAAUAGAAAUAGGUUAUUUUAAGAUAUAAGAACAGUUAGCAAGAAUCUUGGUAUGGCCAUACAGUUUGUAAGCAAUAUAAGCAUCUGUGUGUUUAUUUUAUAAGUGGGCUGUCUGACUGCCAGGGCUUGGUGGGACCUGGAGAGAAAACCCUAGCUACAGGUCUCUUAAAGCCUUUGACUAUAACAGUAGACUUUGAGGAUCUGAAAA